AUGGCUAAAAUUGAGGAGGGCAAUGGAUUUGACCUGCGGAGCGGCACAGAUAAGCUGACAGAUAAUGGGAAAGGCAGCUCGUAUGUAUCAGCCCCAGAGGUAAACGGUGUUCCCGGGGAAACUUCGGUGGAUAAGUACGGAUUCACAGGAGGAGCCCAGCAGCACACCGGAACAUUUGCUGAAGAAAUCCCCAUUGAGGUGCUAAGGCAGCGGGAGGCAAAAUGGCUGGAGAUGCUCAACAGCUGGGACAAGUGGAUGGCCAAAAAACACAAUAAGGUGAGAGAGCGCUGUCAGAAGGGGAUUCCUCCGUCCCUGCGUGGCCGGGCCUGGCUCUACCUCACCGGGGCCAAAGUAAGAAGGGAGCAAAACCAGGGCAAAUUCCAGGAACUGGACAGUCAGCCAGGAGAUCCUAAAUGGAUAGAUAUUAUUGAGCGGGACCUCCAUCGACAGUUCCCCUUCCAUGAAAUGUUUGCGGCGAGGGGAGGUCAUGGACAGCAAGACCUGCUCCGCGUGUUGAAGGCAUAUACUCUGCAUCGUCCGGAAGAGGGUUAUUGUCAGGCUCAGGCUCCCAUUGCUGCCGUACUCCUCAUGCAUAUGCCGGCAGAGGAUGCAUUCUGGGUUCUUGUCCAGAUCUGUGAGAAAUACCUUCCAGGAUACUACAGUACAGGGCUGGAGGCGAUCCAGCUGGACGGAGAGAUCCUGUAUGCUCUGCUGCGGCGGGUGUCUCCUGUGGCCCACGGUCACCUGAAGAAGCACAAGCUGGAGCCCAUCCUGUACAUGACCGAGUGGUACAUGUGCGCCUUCUCUCGGACUCUGCCGUGGGCCUCAGUGCUGCGUGUCUGGGACAUGUUCCUUUGUGAGGGAGUAAAGAUCCUCUUUCGAGUGGGCUUGGUUCUCCUGAAAUGCAUGUUGGGAUCACAGGAGAAACUGAAGGCCUGUCAAGGUCUCUAUGAAACGAUGGAGCGGCUCCGAGCUAUACAGCCACAGUACAUGCAAGAAGUCUUCCUGGUGCACGAGAUUAUUGAGUUAGUGGUAUCUGAGAAAGACAUUGAGAAGGAACACCAUGCUCAGUUGCGGCGCUGGAAGGAGACCCAUGGAGAUCUACACUGCAAGUCUCCUCCCAGGAUGCACGGCGCUAAGGCCAUCAUGACCGCCGAACCGCCCAGUCGCCAGGACCUGAGACAGAGACCCACCAUUAUUGUGGAAUCUCCACUGGCACCCAAGACAGUUGGGGAGAAAGAUAAGGACCCCAAGGAAAGUGAAAAGACUGAAGAGGAAAAACUGAAGAAAACACUCCCGCUGCCACAGGAGACAGUUAUUCCUUACAUUCCUCCCACUGACCCAUCACCUCUCCUCAAACACUUGACUGCACAAGGGUCCAAAGAGAGUCUGAGCAGUGCAGAGCAUGACACUUACCUGUAGCAAGUUAAGUAUCACCAGUUUACUAACAUAAAUCACUCCAGACAGCCUUUGCUAACUUAUUAACACUCUCAGUUUUCAAUCAAUCUUCUCAAAUGUCACAGUGAAAUAAGAAACCUUUCCAUGACUUAUUAUAUCUGUGGUAAUUGUAACUCUGUCAGGGUUUUAUAAAAAUGGUUAUUUUUACAAUCAAGAAAAAAGUAAUCAUGUUUUCAAAGCUGGCAAAAGUGCCAUUGCUUAGAUUUCUAAGCAGUCACUGUAAAACUGAACCGAUUUACACUGUCAUUUCAUUUACACAUGUUUCUAUUUACACUUCUUUGUGUGGCACUGUGUAAUUGCCAGGGAGCAACAACAGAGGGCGACGGUGUGCCCCGAGCACACAUGUCUAUCAGGUUUUGUCCUGUGGAGUUAUUAACUUCCUUUGACUGAACAUGUAGAGAUGUACCCUCGCUAACUCACUAUUUACAUUCUUGAUUUUUAAAUGUACCUGUUAGAUUCUUUCCAUUGCUAUAAAUGAAGUUGGAUUUUGUCUUGAUAGAUAAGGUCUUUUGUAGAGCACUUUGCCUUUAUAGUCUUCCUCUUUGGCUAUGAUGGUCACUACGUUGCCAUUACGUUAGCAGAGAUUUGUUUUUACCAUCCUUUGCUAGACUCGCACUAAUUUGCAGACAAACAGUUUAUCAGUGAGUUUGUCUUUGCUGUUGUUGAACACUUGAGGGCGUCCUGAGGUUACCUCACACCCGCAGCAGUGACCAGCGGUCGUCUGUGUGACGGACAAAAUGAAGGAAGAAGUGUGCAGGGACAUUUUGUGACACUAUGCCAAAGAUUUGUAAUUCAUAUUUUGAAGAGGUAUGCUGUCCGAGCAGUUUAUGCAAUCAUAUUGUUAUACAGUUUUCGGUAGAGGAUUGGGUUUAUCAUGUUGUGAAUGGGAUAUGGCAAAAUGCCAUUUAAAAAAAAAAAAAAAAACACUAAUACAAAGCUGUUUUGUUUUUUUAACAAUCAUGCUUAGUACAUUUCUUAGACUUUGAUAUAUAUUUACUGUGAAAGAAAAUAUGGCAUUAGGGGUUGUUUUCUGUAACCUCAGAAUCUAAACUAUAGUCCCAACAUUUCAUGUGUUUUUAACACCAGGACAUUCCACUAAAAUGUGCUGAAGUACCUGGUGUUGUCUUUGUUGACAAAACUGCUUUGAACAACCUUUAAAAGAAAAGAAAACCAAAAAGACCACGAUGAUGAAGUCCAAGUAAUGUAUACAUAAAAUCUUCAGAAGUACUUUUCUAAUGGCAUUAUUUGGAUGAAAAGACAUUAAAAGUCAAAAGAGCCAUAAAUCUUUGAUAAUGACUGAACGGUAUGUGUUGAUACUCAUUUUAUCUAUUAUGAUUCAAUGACGAAAUUGUUGGAAAAACUCCUAAUGAAUUCAGAAUAAAUCAACAUUUAACUCCCAGUCCAGGAAUUUCCUAUAUCGGCAGCUACAUGUUACGCAGUACAUUAGAUUAGUUGCUAUCAGGGUUUUUCUAAUGGAAAAUGGUUGUGGAUCCAUGUUGAUUUUAACACUGGAGAUUUCAGUAUAGUUUAGAAAACAGACAUGUAGUUCAUCUGUUGAGUUCCUACCAGGAGCGUUCUAUACUGUCAGACAGAUGGCACCACUGAGCUUCAUCCAGGGAUUCAAAUGAUUAGUUGCCCAUUCAUUCUGAAGGGUACAGGAUGUUGUUUUUGGCAGCUAAACACUUAAUGUAGUUUUUGUUUUGUUUUAAGAUUAUUUUUUAAUAUACACUACCUGUCAAAGGUUCGGGGUCACAAAUUUCUAUUCCACUCUAUUAUAGAUGGAAUACCAGCUGAUCUGAGUGGGUGGCUGAUCUCUAAUGCAAUAUCUACAUUGCCCAUUUAUACAACUGGUCUGUUUACUAAUCUGUUAUCAUUUUAAAAGCUAACUGAGAAAAUAUUGGAGAACCCUUUGCAAUUAUGUAAGCACAUGAUGUAAUCUGAAAACUGCUGCACUGGU